AUGGCUGGAGAUAAAGUAAAAGGAUCAGCGAAUGAAAAAACCAGUAAAGCUCCAAUUGAAUUAAAUCCUUGGCCUAAUUUUAUUGAAGAGCGUAUUGCUUUAUUCGAUAAGCUUAUGGCAAAGUACCACGAAGAAAUUGCUGAGAAAAAAUCAGAAAAAAUUAAAAUCACUUUGCCAGAUGGAAAGGAGUUAGAGGGGGAAUCAUGGCGUACAACCCCAUUGAUGAUCGCAGAACAAAUCAGUCGUGGAUUUGCUGAUAGUGCUGUUGUAGCGAAAGUUAAUGGAGAAGUAUGGGAUUUGGAUAGACCAUUCGAGUGUGAUGCAACUUUACAAAUUCUGAAGUUUGAUGAUGAUGAGGGUAAACAGGUUUUUUGGCACAGUUCAGCUCAUAUCAUGGGUGAGGCUAUGGAGCGUUAUUGCGGUGGUCACCUGUGUUAUGGUCCACCGAUUUCAGAAGGAUUUUAUUAUGAUAUGUGGAAGGAGGGAUCUACCAUUACUCCAGAUGACUUUCCGAAGUUGGAGCAAAUUGUUAAAUGCGUUGUUAAGGACAAGCAACCAUUUGAGCGAUUGGUUGUUUCAAAAGAAGAUCUGCUGGAAAUGUUCAAAUACAAUAAAUUCAAGGUCCGUAUUAUAAACGAGAAAAUCACAACUCCUUUUACCACUGUAUAUCGUUGCGGGCCACUGAUUGAUUUAUGUCGAGGACCUCAUGUGCGUCAUACUGGGAAAGUGAAGGCUUUAACUGUGGUUAAAACGUCAAGUUCAUACUGGGAAGGACGAUCGGACGCCGAAUCUUUAAUCCGUAUUUAUGGGAUAUCGUUUCCUGAUUCGAAGCAGCUCAAAGAAUGGCAAAAAUUGCAGGAGGAGGCAGCUAAACGAGAUCAUAGGAAAAUUGGACGUGACCAGGAAUUGUAUUUCUUCCAUCCAUUGAGUCCUGGCUCAGCUUUCUGGUAUCCAAAAGGUGCUCAUAUUUACAACACCUUAUGCAAUUUCAUACGCAAAGAGUAUCGCAAAAGGGGAUUUACUGAGGUUAUAUCACCAAAUAUGUACAAUAGCAAAUUGUGGGAGCAGUCGGGACACUGGGAGCAUUAUUCGGAUAAUAUGUUCAAAAUCGAUAUUGAAAAGGAAACAUUUGGACUUAAACCAAUGAAUUGCCCAGGACACUGCUUGAUGUAUUCCCAUAUGCCCCGUACUCACAAUGAGUUGCCUCUGCGAUACGCUGAUUUUGGUGUAUUACAUCGCAACGAGAUGAGUGGUGCACUGACUGGUCUUACUCGAGUGCGUCGUUUUCAGCAAGAUGAUGCCCAUAUUUUCUGUCGCCAAGAUCAGGUUGUUGAAGAAAUAAUGGGUUGUAUCGAUUUUCUCAAAUACGCUUAUCUUGAUGUAUUUGGUUUCACAUUCAAAUUGAAUCUAAGUACCAGACCAGAGGUGGGAUAUCUGGGUGAUAUUGAAACAUGGAAUGCUGCGGAAGACAAAUUGAGAGAGGCACUAAAUGCAUCUGGACAUAAGUGGGAGCUGAAUCCUGGUGAUGGUGCCUUUUAUGGUCCAAAGAUCGAUAUCACAAUUCAAGAUGCUCUUCGAAGGCUCCAUCAGUGUGCAACUAUACAGCUUGAUUUUCAGUUACCUGUCCGAUUUGAUUUAUCUUAUUUUGAUGAAAACAAUGAGAGGCAAAGACCAGUGAUGAUUCAUCGCGCCUUAUUAGGCUCGAUAGAGCGAAUGACUGCAAUUUUAGCGGAAAACUAUGGUGGCAAAUGGCCAUUUUGGUUGUCACCACGACAGGCAAAAGUGAUCACGGUCCAUGAAUCUCAAAAUGAUUAUGGUAGAAAAGUACAACAAGAAAUAUACGAAGCAGGUUUCGAGGUUGAAUUUGAUGUAGAUUCGUCAGACACAUUAAACAAACAGAUUCGUAAUGCUCAAAUUGCGCAGUUCAAUUUUAUUUUGGUGGUCGGACCAGCUGAAGCACGAAAUGGAACCGUAAAUGUUCGUACUCGUGAUAAUGCAGUAAGAGGUGAAGUAAAAUUAGAAGAUCUUAUCGAGAAAUUCAAACGUUUCCAAAACGAGUAUGUUCGUGAUACAGAGAGUGCGGAAGAAUUUUAA